AUGCUGCGAUUAAAUGGCGGACGGCUGGUUGUUUAUUGUUUACAGUUAAAUUUCAAGCAAAAAUUGGAGAAAAACAACUUUCUUUGUGAAAAAGUGCUAAGAGAACAUUUACGCGGCUGUACAAACCCAGAAAAACAUCAACACGGCAUUAGUGCUUUUAUUAUUCAAAGAGAUUUUCCUGGGUUUUCGACGGGUAAAAAACUUGAUAAACUUGGAAUGCGGGGAUCUAAUACUUGUGAAUUAAUUUUUGAUAAUUGUGAAGUACCUGUAGAAAAUGUCCUUGGAAUUGAAGAUAAAGGUGUUUAUGUAUUAAUGUCUGGUUUAGAUUCUGAACGUUUAGUCUUAUCAGCUGGACCUUUGGGAUUAAUGCAAUCUGCUUGUGAUGUUGCUUUUGAAUAUGCCCAUUCUAGAAUGGCUUUUAGCAGUCCUAUUGGGACUUUCCAAGUAAAAAAUAAAAAAUUUUUACUUUAUUUUUUUAAAGUUAAUGCAAGGUAAAU